AUGUCCGAAGGGAAAGACGCAGUUCUAAAAGGACAAAAAUUGCAAAUUUCCAAGAUGGAUUGCAAAACCCAUUCCCAUCUCCUUCCUCGCGAUGGCUUCNACAACUCCCCGACCUUCCUCUCCUCCGGAAACCCCUGCCUGGACUUCUUCUUCCACGUCGUCCCCGACACCCCGCCGGAGGCCCUCGCCCAGCGCCUGAAGCUCGCCUGGGAGGACGACCCCUUGAGGGCCCUGAAGCUCGUCUGCAACCUCCGCGGCGUUCGCGGCACCGGCAAGACGGACAGGGAGGGCGGCUACACGGCGGCCCUCUGGAUCCACCAGAACCACCCCAAAACCCUCGCCUGCAACGUCGCCCCUCUGGCCAAGUUCGGCUACUUCAAAGACCUCCUCGAGAUCCUCUUCCGCCUCGUCGAGGGCCCCGAAGCCCGCGAACAGGCUAAAGCCGCUUACCGGAUUUGGAAAUCGAGCGGCUCACGCCGCGCUCUCGAGCUCGCCAAACUCCGGCAGGCCAAAAAACCCAAACCCACGGCCCCACGCUAUGGCGGCAUAACAAAGAAGAAGACCUUCGGCCAGAGGAGGAGGAGAUCCAACAACACCUCGAACCAGCCGAAAUUAAGCAACGAGGAGAAGAGGCUCGAGCGCGCGAAGAAGGCCUUGGAGAAGUUUAGCCGCGACCCGGAUUACAGAUUCCUCCACGAGCGAGUCUCGGAUUACUUUGCCCUGUGCCUGAGAUCGGACAUGGAGAAACUGAAUUCCGGCCAAUCCAACAAAAUCAGCCUCGCCGCCAAGUGGUGCCCCUCCCUCGACUCCUCGUACGACCAGCUCACUCUGCUUUGCGAGCCCAUUGCCAAGAAAGUCUUCCCGAGGUCCGAAUAUCCCGAAUACGAAUCAGUGGAGGAGGCCCACUACGCCUAUCGUGUUCGGGACCGCUUGCGUAAGCAAGUUCUUGUCCCUCUUCGUAAAGCCCUCGAGCUGCCGGAGGUCUACAUGAGCGCGAAGCAGUGGAGUACACUCCCUUACAGCAGGGUAUCCUCUGUUGCCAUGAAAAUGUACAAGCAGGUGUUUGCCGAGCACGAUGAACAGAGAUUUGGGGAGUAUUUGGAGAAGGUGGACAAGGGUGAGGCCAAGAUUGCCGAGUAUUUGGAGAAGGUGGACAAGGGUGAGGCCAAGAUUGCCGCCGGAGCUCUGCUUCCGCACGAGAUAGUCGCCGGACUUGAAGAAGAUGAAGAAGAUGGUGGCAGUCGCCAGGUGGCGGAGCUUCAGUGGAGGAGAAUGGUGGAUGAUUUGGCGAAGAAGGGGAAGAUGAGCAAUUGUCUAGCGAUUUGCGAUGUUUCGGGGAGCAUGGAAGGUGUCCCAAUGGAAGUCUCGGUGGCUCUCGGGGUUCUGGUUUCUGAGCUUAGCGAGGAGCCAUGGAAGGGUAAGCUCAUCACCUUCAGCGCGAAUCCCAAGAUUCAAGAUGUGGUGGGAUCGAGUUUGGCGGAGAAGACGGGUUUUGUGAGGAGAAUGGAGUGGGGUAUGAACACUGAUUUCCAGAAAGUGUUUGAUUUGCUGCUUGAAGUUGCGGUGGCCGGGAAGCUCGAGCCUGAGCAGAUGAUCAAGCGGCUUUUGGUGUUUAGUGACAUGGAGUUUGAUGUGGCGUCCGGCCAGCGGUCACCAUAUAGUUUAUCAAGGGUUGUUGGGACUGGCGGCAAGUGGGAGACUGAUUACGAGGCCAUUGUGAGGAAGUUUGGGGAGAAAGGGUAUGGGGAAUGUGUGCCGGAGAUUGUGUUUUGGAAUCUGAGAGAUUCUCCGGCGACUCCGGUGGCGGUGGGGAAGGCGGGAGUGGCGCUCGUGAGUGGGUAUUCGAAGAAUAUGAUGAAGGUGUUUUUGGAGGAAGGUAGGAUUAUUAGUCCCGAGGCUGUUAUGGAUCAGGCGAUUGCGGGGAAGGAGUAUGAAGAGCUGGUUGUGCUGGAUUGA